UCUGCCGUUCGCUCUUUCGCCCCAGACUGCAAGCACCCUGGCUUUUUAGUCGUUUUCUAUUUUUCAUUGAAGGCCCGUUAAAAAAAAAAAAAAACCCGCAAACAUGAGCAGAAAAUUCUUCGUCGGUGGCAACUGGAAAAUGAACGGCGACAAGAAAAGCCUUGGGGAGCUCAUCCAGACCCUGAAUGCGGGCAAGGUGGACCCCAAUGUCGAGGUGGUGUGCGGCGCUCCGUCCAUCUACCUGGACUUCGCCAGGUCUAAACUGGACGGCAAGUUCGGCGUGGCGGCUCAGAACUGCUACAAGGUCGCCAAGGGUGCCUUCACUGGGGAGAUCAGCCCUGCGAUGAUCAAGGACUGCGGCGUGAACUGGGUCAUCCUGGGACACUCCGAGAGGCGCCACGUCUUCGGCGAGAGCGACGAGCUAAUCGGCCAGAAGACCGCUCAUGCUCUGGAGAACGGUCUCGGCGUGAUCGCCUGCAUCGGCGAGAAGCUGGACGAGAGGGAGGGAGGCAUCACGGAGAAGGUGGUGUUUGCCCAGACCAAAGUCAUCGCAGACAAUGUAAAGGACUGGAGCAAGGUCGUGCUUGCCUAUGAGCCCGUGUGGGCCAUUGGCACCGGCAAGACUGCGUCUCCGCAGCAGGCUCAGGAAGUCCACGAGAAACUGAGAGCGUGGCUGAAGACCAACGUGUCCGAGGCCGUGGCCAACUCUGUGAGAAUCAUCUAUGGCGGUUCAGUAACCGGGGGUACCUGCAAAGAACUGGCCUCCCAGAAGGACGUCGACGGUUUCCUGGUGGGCGGAGCUUCUCUCAAACCAGAGUUCAUUGACAUCAUCAACGCCAAGGCAUAAAGACCCAAACCAGACCAGGUCCCUCAACUCGCAGUACUUAUUUGAACCAUUUGUGUAAUGUUGUCAUUCCCUUGCAUUUUUUUUCCUUUCCUUUUUAUCUUUUUUGGUAUAUUUUUCCCUAUAAAGAAAAAAAAGGGACAGGCUGACACAUGCACUGGUGCUGCACUGAUGAGUCUACUGAGAACGACCCGCGUGCAAAACUAACUUCCACACAAAGUGCUCAAGCUGUAAAGGCUGACUACCUGAUGUGGACGCGCUAGUCCUCUGCCUUUACUUGAAAGGUUUACGAACUUCUUUAAAAACAAUUUUUUUUUUUUUAUGUAAACUGUGUCACAGCUCUUGUCGGUCGCAUAUUGUUGUCUUUAUUCUGGUGUCUCUUCGUGUGUGAUUGUGAAGAUCUGUGGCUUUUCCCUCACUGUAGACGUGCAUGAUCCAACUUCUUCUUUUUAUUUUCACUCGUUUUGCCGAGAGAAAAGUGUCCAUUACACGAUGGUUGUAUUGUGUCGUGAUCCACGGGUAGGAGGGGAAAAUUAUAAGGAAAUAUUCUAAUAAACGGUUUAGACGAUG